AUGGAAAGUUUUUAUCGGCUUCCGUUCACUGUUGUUCAAUGUCCAAAUUUAAAAUUAAAAAAGCCAUCAUGGAUUCGAAAACCUUCAAAUACAACAGUUUUAUUUGGUUUACUUGUUUCUUAUUUUCUCGUUACUGCCGGUGUUAUUUAUGAUAUUAUCGUUGAACCACCAAGUGUUGGUAGUACAACUGAUGAAUAUGGUCAUCAUAAACCAGUUGCUUUUAUGGCAUGGCGUAUUAAUGGUCAAUAUAUUAUGGAAGGUCUUGCUGCUUCAUUUAUGUUUAUAUUAGGUGGUCUGGGAUUUAUUUUACUCGAUCAAACAAAUAAACCAAAUAUGCCACGUCUUAAUCGUAUAUUAAUGAUUAUUUGUUCAUUUGUCUUUAUUCUUGUUGCAUAUUGUGCUACAAAAAUUUUUAUUCGUAUCAAGAUGCCAAGUUACUUAACUUAA